UUCAACACCUUAUACCUCAGGAAGACAUCACAGCUUAUAUUUCAUUUGACAACGUCUAUGGGUACAUUUCCACCUUAGAACACUUCUAUGCUAUAUUAGUCAUCGAAUAUGGCUCUGAGGCUGCGAAUCCACUUGCAUUUAGUCCUCUAGCCUGCAGCCAAUGACAUGUAAAUCUAGAAGAGGGUACUUCAGAACCAAGGUGGUAUAAAAAGGGGAAGGAAACUAUUAAUUAACCAAGAGUCUACUUAAAACCAAAAUGGAAGCCUCAAUACUUGCAGGCGUUGGCAAGACUGACUUCAAUCCAAAGCAUGCUGUUUCCUGGCUCGAGGGACAGCCUGAAGAACUGCGACUAUGGCAAGCCGUUUUCGAAGAACUUAUACUAUGUGCUUCGAGGCCGAAGCAAUCUUCAGGAAAUACUUGUGGGAAACUGUACGGCUUUGUUGAGCAAUGCUCAAGGUCUUCUAAGCCCGUGCUGAGAAACUUUGCUUUCGCGGAGAGUACUGCUCUGAGGCUUUUCGACUUUUUCAUGGAAUGGAAUGAACAAGAUUCUCACCGAUCUAUGAGGCUAGUCCUCGAUUUCCUCGUAUUUUUUAUAUCCAAUAACCCUGCACCAGAGGUUGGUGUGUCCGUCAGGGAUACUAUAUUGAAUAACACCAUAUCAACGAUUACACAGCAGUCGUCUCGACCAUCGGUAAAAUCUGCUAUCGCUGCUCUAGAUCACUUCAUCCAGAAGAAACUAGUAUACUUAUACAGUGUCUUAGAGAUUUACAGAGAGAUUAACAACCUUCCCUCAAAUGAGACCCGCCUCUGGGAUAGUUUCGUCGCCAAAAUUUUCACUUGGAUGGAGCUGCAUCAUAUAUGCUCCAUAGCUGGAAAACUUCUUGUUACAAUCUUCACUAAUUCCUGGUUUGAGGAUAGAGAUGUUAGGCAUAGCCCGGAAUCCUGGCAUGAGUUCAUAUAUAAGGCCCUGCAGAUGAAUACGGAUUAUCUUGAGCCAAUCAAACUUUACAUCUUCGUACCGUUAUUCAAGGCAGAUCGAAAUGGCUCCUUAAUUUAUCUUCAACGUCUGUAUUCGUUGCAGACCCUCAAUUGUCACGACAGCAAUGGCUUAGAUCACAAUUCGAUGCUAUGGCUUGCUAUGCUUGAAGCAGGGAAAAAGGUCGGGGUGGUGGAUGACCCAGGUCGUGAGCCCGAGAAAAACUCUCAAUCAACUUCUCAACUUCGAGCGGAAAUACUUGAGAGUGUCUUAUGCCAUAACUCUUUUGAGGCGCGGUCCUCCGCCGUCUCUAUUCUAAUAGCGUCAUCAUCUACGACAAAGCCAUACACUGCAGAAGCUCUAGAGCUACUCAAAAAACAUCUACCGUCCUUCCACGAGGAUUCUGACCCGAAGAUGCGCUAUGAUGUUUUGGGUCAUUCGCGAAAUAUGGUCAAACGAAUCCAAAGUACGGUUGAGUCGCUACAGCGCGAAACCGAGCGAAUCUCGAAGAAAAUGAACAAAACAGGUGCGACCAAGAUUACUCCUAAAGUAUCACCAGAAUCCAAAGACAGCCAACUCCAGAAGCAUCAAGAGGUCACAAUUGUAGAGCUUCGUGCCACGCUACGCCGACAUGAAGACUUCAUUUCCUGGUAUGUUGGCUUUCUCAAGGAUGAACUUGCUCCAACCACAUCCUACCAGAGACAUAUCACUGCAUUGAAAGCGAUGGUGUAUAUAAUUCAGUCACUUACACCACAUGGAAACAAUGCGGAUAUUUCUUAUGAGUUAAGGAGUCUGCUCGUCGAUACAAUAUGGUUCCGAUCUGUCUUGGAUCUCAUCAUGGACCCAUUCGAUGAUGUAAGAGAGACCGCAGCUUUGCUGGUGAUGUCGCUCUCACUCGAAAGUACGGAUUCUAGUCUUGGAGGCCAGAUAGUUAGGCUAGGAAGUACGCCUAUCGAAGAACUUCGAAGCUUCUGCCGUAAAGCAGAUGAACUUGCGCGGAUGACAGCUCGCGCCGAUCACUCCGAUGGUGCUGCUCGAUCAUUUGAGCUCCUGUGUCGCUGGAGUACAAAUACGGAUCAAAAGUUGGCAAUUCCCUUUCAGGUAUUGUGGAGACUCGAAGGCAAGCUCUCUACAGCUAAGAAAGACUUGGCUACCGCGGUGCUUCAAGCUCCAAUACAUGGUAACUUUGCGUCUCUUCGCUAUAUAUGGGCCUCGCUCUCACAUGUCAAGUUCUCCGAGACGGACCUCAAGGUACUAGCAGGCUUGCAGGACCGUGUUAUUUCGUGUUGCCGGAAAAUAUGGCGGAUUGUGCGACACGUCCUCUGUGAUGAUUCUCCAGAGGGCCAUCUCCCAGAGGAGCUCGAAGAAGUCGAAGGACUCGAUACCAAGGACCUGCUUAGUUACAGUUUCCGAGCGAUUCAUGAAUCAAGCAACUUGAUGCGUACAAUUGCAAAUAAUGCCCGUCAGAGCCGAGGACACGGACUUCUUGCACCUUCGAGGCAGAAUUUUGAAGCGAUUGGGAGACUAACAUUUGAUGAACUAUCAAAUUUGCGACAUCGAGGUGCGUUUACAACUGUAUCCCAGACGUUCACUAGCUGUUGUCAGCUUGUGAAAUAUUUCCCGGUCGAGUCGGAUGACGUGCCCAGUCUCCUGGAUGAGUGGUAUACGGGGGCAUUGAGUUGCAUUCAUACGCAAGCAUCGACGACCCGAAGAUCAGCAGGAAUCCCAGCUCUCAUCGUCGGCAUAUUAUCCUCUGAUGCGGAACGACCAACCUUCGAAGAUGUUAUUCGUAAUCUACAAGAUAUUGGUGGCCAACCAGCGCUCGUGUCAGAAACGGAUGGGUCGAACUUACCCCAAGUACACGCCUUGAAUUGUAUAAAGGAUGUAUUCAAGAGCUCGUUUUUAAGUAAAAGAGCAGAACCCUACCUCACCGAUUGCCUUCAAUUAGCAGCAAACAGCCUUAAAUCUGAGGUAUGGGCAAUCCGAAACUGUGGCCUUUUACUUCUACGAAGUCUCAUCGAUUGCCUCUUUGGCACAAGUGAGAGUAAAUCGUCUAUCGAAGCAGGUUGGGAUGGGCGAACCAUCAAGAUCUCUUAUCACAAGUUUAAAGCUCUUCCACAGCUGCUCGUGAGCCUUCUAGAGAUGGGUCAGCAAUCCACAGGCGUCCUGAUGGGAAGUCAAACUGCGGAAUCUGUAUUCCCAGCAUUGGAUAUCAUCCGUCGAGCUGGACCUCCGGAGGAAGUUCGCGACAAGCUUUAUAGCAUCAUUGCAUGGUAUCUAGGAAGUCGCAUUUGGCAUGUCAGAGAAAUCGCUUCCCGCACCUUGUGCUCCUUUCUCUUAAAACCAGGCUGGACAGAAUCCAUUGGCAACCUCCUAGAAAACUGUGGAAGCUCCGCAAACAAGCUUCACGGGGUGCUUCUAACGCUUAAGUUCUUGUUAGAGAGACUCGCCGAGGUGAUGCCUGACCAGCUUUCGGGUCAUGAGAUCCGAACUGUACAGAACCUCCUUGGGGGACUAUUAACCGACGGACGCAUCAACGCAUGCUCGGAAGUAAGAGUAGUAUAUGUUGAAGUCAUUAGCUUCAUCACUAGACUGAACCUGUCGGGAGUGGACGUUUCCAUUGAGUCGUUCGAUAAUCUAAUGCCCAAGGUUUUCGCACUUAGCGAUCGGCCAGACACAGGCAUAACACCAUCAGCAUUGCUAGAUAUCGGACUCGGAGAAGCAGCGAUUCAACAUGCUUUGCGACGACCUAGCACAGAAGGAAGGCGUGUCAUAGCACAUAUUUUGAAAGCUAGUCUGAAAGGCGAUAUGAACGUUACCUGUUCCAUACUAGAGAGCAUAUCUACCCUUGGUCCAUCACUGUCCAACGAAACACGACCUGGCCUCGUUGAUGCAUAUAUACAAGUAUGCCUCGAGACCGAUGCCCCCGAGCCGCGCACGAUAGCCUUGGAGAACCUUGCGGAUCUUCUCGAUGGGAUAAUGCGAGAUACCUCUAGUGAAGGGUCCAAUCAUCUUCCCCCGAACAAGACCACAAAACAGCUAUGGGCAGAUCUCCUUGGGAAACCGAUGAAUCCAAGUUUAUCGGACGCCAUCAUCCGCAUAAGUGGACCGUUACUGGCAAUUGCCCUCUCGCAAGAAGAAAGGGAAGCCUGGGAUAGUCUAGAGCCGUGGGUUCGGUCUUGGGGUGUAAUGAUGGGCGACGCCGGAAUGGCGGAUAGGACGUUCGACACACGCAUCGCAGCCGCCCAAGCGAUGCAUUCUUUCUCCACGAGCUUGAACUUCGACGCUCCGGAUAAUCCCCUCGACGUGGCACAUCUGCCCUGGCUCCUAGCCCUCUACGACUCUCUCAACGACGACGACGACGAGGUCCGCGCCGCCGCAGCCCUAGCCGCAGCACCCCUACUCUCGAACCAACGGCUCGUCUCCGUCGAAGCGGGCCGGCGGCUCCUACGCCGACUCCUCGCAUGGUACGGCGCGGCCGACGAGUUCAAAGCGUACGUCGCAUGCCGCAUGACCGGCCACAACGUCCCUCCUAGCACCUCUUCUUCUAGCAGCGGUAACGUCCCAACCUCCAGCCUCCUCCUCUCAUCCUGGACCCCCGCCUCGGCACAGCUCGCGGAAGCCAUGCGCUUCGACGACUCGCUGUUCGUCAUCGAAGAGCAGAACCUGUACGUAGACGAGGUCCGCGAGGCGCGGCGGUGGAGCGACCUAUUCUCUUCCCUUCCCAGCCCACCAACACCACCUUCAUCAUCAUCACCUUCCUCCUUCCCGUCCCCCUCCUCCUCCUCUUCUUCUUCGCCUUCGGCGGCGGAAACCGCGCUCUCGCAAUGGAUCCUAGCAGGCCUGCAGACGCUAACUCGGCUCGCGCGGUCGGAGCCACGAGACGGCCCGCUGGGCUGGACGUCGAAGCCCGAGGUCUUCGCCAUCUGCGCGCGGGUUCUGGUCGGCGGCGCUGCGCUCGCCAAAGCGGGAAGAAACGCGGAGGUAGGCGCGGCGCUGCGCGGGUUCCGGGACGAGGGCCGGAGGGCGGAUGUUCAUGGGCUGUUGCUUGGGAUGGGUGAUGGGUUUGAGUGAGUGAGUGAGUAAAACAAGAGUCUGAGAAAAAUGACAUGAAGAGAAGGAGGUUGGAGUUGGCGAGAUCUACUUGGAUUCUGCUUACGUCUUUAACACAUUCAUCUAGGUACAUGCGUAUAGACUCGAUAUACUUGUGUUUUAUUCUAUGCCAAUGCUAAUGAUAUUGAUACACUUCAUGACCUCGUCAAUCUCAUCCUUUCGUUCCUUUCGUACGUUACUAGUAUCCAAAGACAGACAACCCAACUCUACCUUAAGUA